ACCACAGGGGGAGGGUGGGGAGGAAGAGGGAUGAAGAGAAAUAACCCCGGUCCAGGAGCCGCGAGGAGCAGCAUCAAUAACUUGUCCUCCGGAGAGAGGCUUCUGCCGCUGGUCUCCCGAAGUAACUGAACGGCGAAUGUUACUCGGAUUUAUUUUAUCGAACGGAUCCCUUGCUGUCUCCCCCCGUCCUGCGGGCGAUGGGAACUUCUCGAAUGCCCCCUGACCCGGAAGCGCACGCCGUCUCCACGCGGGGCCCACCGUUGGGCGGAGCCGCGGAGUUUCCUGAGUUUCCCUCCGGCUCCCGGCUGCAGGAUGUCGGCCCGGCCCAAGAAGCGCCGUGCGGGACCCCAGGGUGAGGACGCCGAGCGGCGGAAGAACCUGAAGCGGCUGCAGGUGGUGGGGGAGCAGUCGGAGGUGGAGCGGCGGCUGGAGGAGCUGCUGUUCGGCGGCGAGGAGGCGCUGCUGGAGAGGCUGCAGCCAGCCCAAGGGAAGGAUGUGGAUCAAACCUUACUGGACGAAGACUCUAGUGACUCUGAAGUGGAAAAUGAAGCUAAGACCAGUUUCCCUCCGCGCAAGAAAGCAGCAUGGGUUGAUGAAGAGGACGGAGCAGAAGAUCAAGUGGAAAUGACACAUCGAUUCCGGAAAGAUCUAGUGAAAAGCAGCAAAGAGAAGACCCUCACUGUACGAAAGCUGCAUCAGAGACUGAGAGAGCAGUUCCAGAGUGCAAUGGGUGGGACACCAUCUUGGGCAGAGAGGAAGGAUAAAAAGAAAAAAAAGGACAAGGGAGACUCAGCAGAAGAAAGCGAUGAUGAUGAGGACUUGUUGCGAAAAACUGGCAAUUUUGUAUCCACCUCUGCUGCUCUUCCCAAAGGUGUAAUACAGAUAAAAAAUUGCACAGAUGCCAACCAUGCCAGGCCGUCCACUUGCAAUUUAACAACAACUCAAUUCCAUCCAUUGGCUCAAGUAAUACUCACUGCUGGGAAAGACCAGGCCAUCUCGCUCUUUCAGGUUGAUGGAACGAUGAACCCCAAAAUUCAGAGUGUCUGCUUGGAGAAGUUCCCCGUGUUCAAAGCUCGAUUCAGUGCAGAUGGUGAGCAGGUUAUUGCCACAACCAAAUAUGGCAAGAUGUUCUACAUGUAUGACAUGAUGGCUGGGAAGGUCAUUCCUGUCACUGUCAGAGGUAUGCAGGAAUGGCAAGCCAGGAAGUUUGAAGUCUCACCAGAUGGCUUGUUUCUGCUGUUCAUUGGCUCCUUUGGAUAUCUGCACCUUCUCUCCACAAAGACCAAUGAGUUUGUGGGAAGUAUGAAAAUCAACGGUCCGGCAAUCGGAGCUGCUUUCUCUCCAGAUGGCAGCACGGUCUACGCAAACUCCGAUGAAGGAGAUGUUUAUGUCUGGGACGUGAAGAGCAGGAGGUGUGUGAACAGGUUCACAGAUGAAGGCUGUCUGAAGGGGACGUGCAUUGCUGUGUCUCACAACGGGCAGUAUCUUGCCUGCGGAUGCAAUUCUGGAAUUGUGAAUGUUUACUCACGAGACAGCCUGAACCAAACCAGCCCUAAACCCAUAAAAUCCAUCACAAACUUGGUUACUGCAGCAUCGUCGUUAGCCUUUAACCCAACAACAGAGAUCUUGGCAAUUGCUUCGAAAGACGCAGAUGAUGCAGUCAAGUUGAUCCACAUCCCAUCCUUCACCGCGUUCUCAAAUUUCCCAAUGUUUAGGCGGAAAACCAUUCACCUGGCACAGGAGAUGGAUUUCUCCCCCAGAAGUGGCUUCUUUUCCAUUGCCAAUAAUCAAGGCAAAGCCCUGCUGUACAGGGUGAAGCACUAUACGGACUUCUAACCUGCACCCUCGUUUUGCAGGCAGCAGGAGUCCCCAAUUCACCACCACAGCAUGGAACAUAAAACCAUCUCCUGGGUCAGACUGCCAUGCACAGGGACCGCUGUUGUGCAAUCCAUGAGGCACUUCUGUCCUUUCACAAAGGAGCCCCUUGUUUCUGUGAAAUAUUUCCAUGGUUUGAGCUUUUGUCCUAAAUUGGACCUUUUUGUAUAAUAAACAAACCUGCUGUGUC